AUGAGGCAGCGAUUUUACGAUUUCUUCGGUGUCCGCGGCUAUCAAGAAGGGACAGCUGAUGCUCUGGUGGCUGUGAAGACGCUUCUCGACGGUGGCGCAGAUCCAAACAUGGCAUUCGGCGAGCCGCUUUAUCGCGCAGUGAUGGCCGAGACAGCGACUGACGACAGCGACCGCCUCUUGGUGUGGGAUGCUGACGCGCGCGAUAGGAUUUUCAGCACUGUGGAGCUGCUGUUGGAAGCCGGAGCAGACCCCAAUCUUGGCACACGCCGGCUGGCCGGCGGCCUAUAUGUGGCGCCUUUAGACGAAGUGGUGAGCGGGGGAAUGAGCAGAAGAGACGGAUGCCAUCGAGAUUCACACAACUGGCCUGGCUGAGUGCGAUCUUCUCGCAGGCAAUACAGCCGGAGCUGAAGGAUGUCGUCGCUUUCCUCAAAGCCAAUGGGGCUCGGCCUCACUACGGCCACUUGCCGAGCCCCCAUUAUUUUCGCUUCCAAGCACUCUUAAUGCGAUCCAAGGCAUUGGAUCGCAAGGAGAACGCUUGGCUUCGAGAAUCCGUACGAGAAGACUUAGAUGAUUGAAGUCAACAUGAAAAGAAUAUGGAUCUGAUGCCCGUGUGCGUGUGCAACAGGAAUGA